AUGACGGAGUACAAGCUUCAAUACUUCAACAUGAUGGGACGCGCCGAGCCGGCGCGACUCAUUUUCGCUUACGCGGGCGCCCAGUACAAGGACGAACGAGUGGAGAAGUCCGCGUGGCCGGAAAUUAAACCAAGUACGUCUCUAGGAAAUAGACAGCUUGUCUCUCUGUCAUCUCCUUGCCUGCUACACGAAAAAUUUCAUUGCAGCCACUCCGCACGGACAGUUGCCGGUCCUGUACGUCGACGGAAAGCAACUGGCCCAGAGCCGAGUCAUCGAACGCUAUCUGGCAAAGGUGUUUGGUGAGUGGAAGGGCAAACCGAAAUAAUUGAUGUGAGAGGGAGGCGCAAGUACGGAACUUGUCUGGCGUUCGUUGGUCCUGGGAAAGACAGCUGCCAUGCAUGUCUGAUGUUGCUGGAAACGUUUUUGAGGAGCCCAUUAGGGAAAGUCGGGAAAAAGCAAUUAGGAUUAGGAAGAAAGCAAAAAAAGAACUUUUCGGAUUGCGCGAUUGCGGUUCCCUCGAUUACUUUACUUUUAGGACUCGCUGGGGAAAAUGAUUGGGAGACGGCCAAGAUGGAUGAGCUCGUGGCGUGCGUUGAGGAUUUCCUCAUUGAGAUUCAACCGUGGUUCAAAGAGCAAGACAACGCCAAAAAGGUGGGAAACAAUGAGCAGAGAAGAGAAAUAGUUAAAAUUUGUUUAGGUGGAAAUUUUCAAAAAACUCAUCGAAAGCACUAUCAUCCCAUUCAUCACGGCUUUUGAAACCACUCUGGUCACCAACGGGACUGGAUACUUUGUGGGGGACAAGGUUUGUACUGUAAUAGUCUCCAAUCAACCUGUUUUCAUUCCUUUCUAGAUCUCGUACGCGGAUCUCGCGAUCUUCCACAUCUUCUGGUUCAUGAACACUAAGAUCCUUCCCGGAGCUCUCCGCAAGUACCCAAAACUGCUCGAGUUCGUUGAGAAAAUCGCCGCGAUCGACUCGAUCAAGUCGUGGAUCACCUGUCGCCCGAAAACCGAAGCCUAA